AAUGAUAUCAUUUGGAGAAUAGGGGGAUUCAGAGGAUGACAGUUUAACAGCUAUGGCAGAAAGCAACCUCCCAACAACGGGAGAAGAACUGGAGGUGAAAAAUGAGUUUCCAGCUACAGCGACAGAGAAAAGUCAAGUUACGUCAAGUGACGCUGAACUGGAUGUAGACAAUGACCCUUUAAGAGGGAUUGCGAAAGUAUGUCUCGAGGAAGGUAACAAAGAAUACACACGAGGAGAAGCUAAUAACGCGAUAAACUCCUACACGGAAGGACUCCAAGUCAACUGCAAAGAUAAACGACUGAACGCCAAGCUUUACAGCAACAGGGCAACAGCUAAUUUCCGUUUGGCAAACUACGUGGAAUGUCUGGAUGAUGCAACAGUUGCAGUUCAAUUGGAACCCACUUUAAUCAAAGCUAUUAAGAAAGGAGCCAGAGCUUGUGUCGAACUUUGCUGGUAUAAAGAAGCAAGGAGCUGGUUGUAUAUGGGAUUGGCUGUAUCCUUUAACGAAUGUUUGAAACGUGAUACGAGAUGCAAUGCGAAUAAUAUUGCAAGAAAAAUCAAUAAGUUCCAGGAAGAUUCUUCUGCACAUAAUGCAAGCGAUGUUCUCUUAUACUGCACUGAGCAGUUUAAAGAAGCUAAAAUGUUAUCAAAGAGUUCUUUCGAUUAUUCCACAAAACUUUACUCAAAGAGGAGGCCAUACUAA